GGAAAGUUGGAUUGUUGGAUUUUUUACCGAUUGAGAGAAAAUUUUAUUCACUGAUUCAAUAAUAUUCUUAGUUUUUUCGUGAAUUUAAUUUACUUUAAUUAGUUUUUGACAUCAGUGUUUAAAAUGGCCAAUACAACUAUUUCUAAGAAAAGGAAGUUUGUAGCCGAUGGUGUUUUCAAGGCUGAAUUAGACGAGUUUUUGCGUCGAGAAUUGGCCGAAGAUGGUUACUCAGGUGUUGAACUUCGACUUACUCCUAAUAGGACAGAGAUCAUCAUCCUUGCAACUCGAACUCAAUCAGUUCUUGGAGAAAAAGCUCGUAGGAUUAGAGAAUUGACUUCCGUUGUACAAAAGCGAUUCAAUUUCCCUGAAGGAGCAGUUGAGAUGUACGCUGAGAAAGUUAGUGAUCGUGGUCUUUGUGCUAUCGCUCAGUGUGAAUCACUUCGAUACAAAUUGAUUGGAGGUCUUGCCGUAAGAAGAGCUUGUUAUGGUGUCCUUCGUUUCAUCAUGGAAUCUGGAGCAAAGGGAUGUGAAGUCGUUGUCUCUGGUAAACUUAGAGGCCAAAGAGCCAAAUCUAUGAAAUUCGUUGACGGAUGGAUGAUCCAUGCUGGUGACCCAUGUAACGAUUAUGUCGACCAAGCUGUCAGACAUGUACUUCUUAGACAAGGUGUUUUGGGUAUUAAGGUUAAAAUUAUGUUACCUUGGGAUCCAACCGGAAAGAAGGGACCCAAAAAGCCUUUACCCGACAAUGUUUCUAUUCAUGAACCUAAAGAAGAAGUUAUUCCAACUCAACCUUAUUCAGAGCCCAAAAUGCCGAAGCCAACAGGGCCCAUCAUCUCUGGUUUGGAACCACCAAUGUAAAUGAGUUCUAUAGAUUAAGCUUAAUCAAAUGAGGAAAAUGUAUUAUCCAAAAUUUGGAUUAAAACAUCUUUGUUAAUUUAA